GUGUCCUCACUGUUCACGUGCUGUGUAGAGCUUCAGUCACAUGACUCUUGCACUUCCCUGUUCUCUUCCUUAAUGGCGAUACGAUUAACAAAAGAAAUAUAAAUACGUGUGUAAUGCUUGUCCGGUUUUAAAAGCAUAGCGUGACACGAUACAGGGGGAUUAGUUACGUCGAGAAGGACCGGACACUGAAUAUCUCUUGUUGACACGGAGGAUUCUUCCUUAAACCACACAGGAGGCGAUUUGACGCAGCUCGUGCUUAGCUCAUCUCCGUCAAUCAAUAAUAAAUCAAGAAAGUGAUCCAGAUGUGCUGGUAAGCGUGCAGGACAGUUGUGCUCUCUGAAAUCCACCUUCUAGAAACUCACUCUGCUCUCCAGAUUCCAGAAAUUGAUCCGAGAUGUCGAAGUACACGAGCUUCCCAGAUCCCCACGAGGACCACAACCCAUUCCAGGAUCCUUCAGUGGUUCAACACAGCAGCACCACAGACUACCCCACACUGGACCUCUACAAUCCCUUCGAUAACAGGGCGACCGGGCCUCCGCCUCCUUACGAAGCUCCGCCUCAGACCACACCCCAAGUGGCACCCGCAACCAUCCCACCUCAGACUCUGCCUAGCAGGACUACACCCACUGAACCCAGGAAUUAUGGCUCCUACAGCACACAGUCUGCAGUGAACGCCACAACAGCCGAUUUGCUGAAGAAGCAGGAGGAGUUGGAGAGGAAAGCGAGAGAGCUGGAGAGGAGGGAGAGAGAGCUCGACUCCCAAAGCCGCAGCACAGGAUCCUCCUCUCAGAAGAAUUGGCCUCCGUUGCCAUCCUUCUGUCCGGUGGGUCCGUGCUUCUAUCACGACAUUAACGUGGAGAUCAGCCAGGGCUUUCAGCGCAUCGUCACCAUCAUGUACUACUUCUGGAUGUGUUCAGCUUGCACUCUGGUCUUCAACUUCAUCUCCUGUCUUUCUCUCUUUUGUGUGGACGCUGGUAGCGGUGUAGGCUUCGGCCUCGCCAUCCUCUGGCUCCUGCUCUUCACCCCCUGCUCCUUUGUCUGUUGGUACAGGCCUGUGUAUAAAGCAUUCAGGAGUGAUAGUUCCUUCAACUUCUUUGUCUUCUUCUUCAUCUUCUUCGUCCAAGUGGUGCUCUACGUCCUUAUGACUAUUGGAAUUCCAGGCUGGGGUUUCAGUGGAUGGAUAGUGGGUCUUGCUGCGUUAAAGACCAAUACCGCGGUUGGGGUGAUCAUGCUCUUGAAUGCACUGGUCUUCACUGGUCAGGCUGCCAUGGGAGUGGUUCUGCUCAAGAAGGUCCACUCUCUCUACAGGCAGACCGGUGCCAGCUUCCAGAAGGCCCAGGCCGAGUUCGCCACCGGAGUGCUUUCAAACGAUGCCGUGCGCCAGGCGGCCGUGAACGCCACUGUUGCAGCAGCACAAGGAGGCCCCGCUGGAUCGCGUUAGAGUGAAGGGGCACGUGAUUGGGCAGCUGGGGAGACGAUGAGUCUGACACUGUUACUCCACACGGAGCGCUCGGCCAUUUCGCUUGCGUGGGAAGAAUAGAUGCAAUUGAUCAAGCCAAAAUGUAAUUGCUUGUUUGUUUGUUUGUUUCAUUAACAUCGUAAUUAGCCUCGUUUAUCACUCCCUUGACCACUCAACUGUCAUUUCUGAUGAACAGAACCAUAGUCAGGGUUUCAGUGACAAUGUUUGGGGGGGGGGGGGUUCUUAGUUCUUUAUUGAUAAUGUGACUAAAAAAAAUAAUUAGGAAAGCAGUGCCAAGUAUAUGAGAGUGCACCACGCAGACGCCUCUCUUUUUCUCUCUCUUUCUCUCAUUCUCUUUCAUUUCACGUCUCUCUUACUUUCUCAUCUUCUGUCUUUCUCUCAUCUCUCUCUCCUUUCUUAUCUCUCUCUUGUUCUCUCUCUCUCUCUCUCAUCCUUUCUCUAUCUUUCUUUCAUCUCUCUCUCCUUUGUCAUCUCUCUUUUUUUUUUUCUAAUCCCCCCUGCCUAUCUCUCAUCCUCUCUCUUUCUUUUACAUCUCUCUCUCUCACUCGCUCUCUCCAUCUAUUUCUCUCUAUCUCUCAUUUUCUCUCUUUCUUUUGUCUCUCUUUCUUGUUCUUUCUCAUCCUCCCUCUCUCACUCUCUUUCUUUCACCACAUCUCUCUCUCUCUCUCCCUCCUGGAGCAUAAACACGUGAUAUUUAUUCGAUGGUCAGUCAGGCGUUUAUCCAUGUUCUCCUGUAGGACACGGAAGCACUUCAGAGGGACCAGAAGCUGUAUUUGAGUAAUUCUCAUUCUUGCCUCCGUGACUCUUUAUUUUUUGUUAAUGAUGUUGCGAAAAAUAAAAAUUAAAAAAAAGGAAAAAAAUAUCAGACAUUAAAUCCAAUAGCCAAAAUUAGGAAGGAGCUGCAGUAUAAAAGGCUCUCUACAUACGAGGAAAGAAACCAAAUGAAGCUGGAGGAGAACAAUACUGAUAUUUGCCUUUAUUAAAUAUUGAAUUAUAAUCUUGCUUUGUAAUCUCAUACCGCGUGCCAAAAGUCUUUCGGCUCUGUGUAAAAAAAAAAAACAGAAAACAG